AUGACAACUUCAAUUACAACUAAAAAUAUGGAAUCAACCAAAAAGAACAACGAUGAGGUUGAUUCUAAGAUAGGUCCGAAAGGUAUAACAUUUUCAGGUGAGACCUUUAUUGUUCCUGAAACUCAUGAUAUGGUUAAAACAUUAUUUGACCCUACGAUUGAAAAAUCACAAUUUGAAAAAGUUAUUUUAAUAUGUUUAUUAUCAAAUUUAUUAGUAUUUUUAAUACCUUCGAAUCAACUUAGAAUUUAUGUUUUCAUUGGAUUAUAUAUUUUUUGGAGAUUAAGUUAUAAUUUUGGUAUUGGUUGGUUAUUACAACAACAGUCACAAUAUAAUACAUUAGUUAAUUGGUCAAAAAAAUAUAAUUUACUUAAUGGUAAUUCACUUUUAAGUAAUAUCAUUCAAAAAGAAAUUAAAUCUCAAAGAGGUAAAGAUUAUAAAAUUGACAGUUAUCCAAUUGAAUUUAAUACUUGGUUAAUUUAUAGAAAAUUUGUUGAUUUAGUUUUAAUGAGUGACUUUGUUACUUUUAUUUUAGUUGUUUAUUGUUGUUGUAUUGAAGAUGAUAAUCAGUUUAUUCAUAAUCAAAGUUUGCCUUUAAUUUAUGGUAGAAUUAUUGGUGGUUCAAUUUUAAUUUUGUUUAAUUUAUGGGUUAAAGUUAAUGCUCAUAAUACUAUAAAAGAUUAUGCUUGGUAUUGGGGAGAUUUCUUUUUCAGACAAAUCAAUAAUGAAGAAUUAAUUUUUGAUGGUGUUUUUGAAAUGGUUCCACAUCCAAUGUAUUCAGUUGGUUAUAUUGGUUAUUAUGGAUUUGCAUUAAUUGCAAAAUCAUAUACAGUUUUAUCAAUAGCAAUUUUUGGUCAUUUUUUACAAAUGAUUUUUUUACAUUAUAUUGAAAAUCCACAUAUUGAUAAAAUUUAUGGACCUUCAAAAAAUGAAAUUAGUUUAAUUAAAAUUUUAAAGUUAAAAGAUUUAAAAAAUUUUGAUAAUUUGAAACCCUUAAUUGGUUUAUAUAAUUUUAAUAUUAUGAGAGGUAGUGAUUUAAUUAAUUUAAUUUUGGUAGGUACUUAUUCAUUAAUUAUUCCAUUCUGUACAAAUUCAUCAAAAUUAAUAUUUGGUUUAACUAUGUCAACAAAAUUAUUUGAAUCAUUUUUUAUUAAUAUUUUAUUAGUUUUACAAAGUAAAUUUAAAUUUUAUACAAAAUGGUGUUUAGCAAAUGAUAUCCCAGUUGAAAAAUCUUUAAAUAAUUGGGCGAUCAUAUAUAAUUCAUUAAUUAAUUUAACUUAUUCAUCAUUAUUUGGAUUAAAUUUGAAAAAUUUAUUAUCUCAAGAACAAUCAACAGUUUAUUUUUCCAAUUGGUUUUAUUUAAGAUUAUUUCUUGGUGUUUUAUUAAUUAUAACUCAAAUUUGGAUUAAUUCUUCAAUUGUUGAUUCAAUUGGUUAUUUUGGUUGGUUUUAUGGAGAUUUUUUCAUUCCAAAAUCUCAAAGUUUUAUUAAAAAUUUAACUAAAGCUGGUGUUUAUCGUUAUUUAAAUAAUCCAGAACAAAUUUUUGGAGUCUGUGGAGUUAUGGGAGUUUUCUUUAUAUGGCCAACAUUUGAAAAUUUAAUUUGUUGUAUAUUAUGGGUUUUAAAUAAUUUUAUUCGUAUAAAUUUUAUUGAAAAAUGGCAUAUGAUUAAAAUUUAUGGUGAAUCUCAAGUUAAUCAAGAUUCAGGAGUGACUAAGACUUUUAAAAAACAUUUAAUUCCCGAUGUUAUUCAAAGAAGAAUUAAUAAUGAUGAACAACAACAACAACCAAAUAAAUUAAGAUCACCAUCUCAUUCAAUAUCAUCAGUUACUGAUUCAUUAGAUUCAUUUAUUAAAGAAUUAAGAAAUUCAAAAACAAAAUUAUCACAACAAAAAUUGAUCGAAUUAUCACAAAAUUUAUCAUUUGAAAAUUCAAAUUAUGAAUUAAAUAUUUUAGGAUUAUAUAACCAAGAUGAAAAUUUACCAAAAUUUACAUUUGUUGGAACACCAAUUGAAAUUUCAUGGAAAUCACCAAUUGAGUCUCAUUCAAAAAAGGAUUGGAUUGGAUUAUAUAAAAUUGUUCAAACUAGUUAUUCAAGAAAUAUAACAUUACUUUCAAGUUCAGGAAGAUGGACAUAUUGUGAAACUUCAAUUGGUCAAUUUAAAUUUGAAAAAGAUAAAUUAUUUUGGGAAGAAGGUUUAUAUGAAUUUAGAUAUCAUGUACAUGGUAAACAUGACGUUGCAUAUAUUUCACAACCAUUUGAAAUUAAAAUUAAAGAAAUUAAAGUUCCAAAUGAUAUAAAUGAAAUUGAUUCAUUUUCAAAUUUAUUAAAACAGAUAAUAUUUUCCAAAAUUAUACCUAUAAAUUCAAUUGAUGAAUCAAUUUCAGAAAUUAUUUCAAAUUCAAAUUCAGAAUUUGAUUUAUUGGAAACUUUUAAUCUAUUAAGUUCAUUAAUUUCAAAAUCUACAAAAGUUAAUAUUAAUUCAAAAAUUUUUUUAAAUAAUGAUAAAUUAACAAUUAAAGAUGUUGGAUUGAAAUUAAUUCAUAUAAACCAAGUAUUGGAUGAAUUGUCAACAAAUAAUGUUGAAGAAAAGAAGAAUAUUUAA